CCCUGUCAGUAUAAAGUGGAGCAGAUCAUCAUCAGACCUCAGUCGCUUUGCGCUGUGGCGACGAUGUGGUUCCUGCUUCUGCUCCUCCACACCUUCGCUCACUUCGGGCCGGUGAACUCAGCAGAUGCAAAACAAGGGAAGAUCAUCCUACGGAACGAAAAUGACGCUAACCCCUGUGAAGGACAUGUGGAGGUUUAUUACGACAACGAAAUGGGCUAUGUUGGAGACAAAAAUUGGAACAAUAAAACUGAAAAAGUGGAGUGUAAAUAAACUCACCGUGGACGACCAGAAGGAUAAUCCAAGGUGUACAGGUCCUACAGCCGCCCAGUCUGGCUGAAUGAACUGGAUUGCAAAGGGAACGAAGAAAGUCUGUGGGACUGUGACGGCUGGCCUGGUCCAAGCGUCAGCUUUUACCGAAAGCCCACGGUGAAGAAGGUCAAAUGUUCAUAUAAUAUCAGCUUCCACUUGGAACAACAUAAGUGUGAAGGAGCGGUCAAGUACACAAUUCAGUCUGACAAGACGGAAACUGGUUACAUCUGCAAUGAGGGGUUUGGAGCAGAUGAUGCCACACGUUUGUGCAAAAGCAUUCCUGGCUGUGGGGAGACUGGAAAAAUGGUGACAUCUCAGUGGAUGAGGACUGAAGGAUUCAUGAAAUCGCAGCAGGGGGCAUUCAAAAAAAUAAAUUGUUCAGGCAUUCAGAACAUUAAACAUCUGUGGCAGUGCAUAGAAUCACAUCCCUCAGAAUGCAUUUUGCCUGCAGCGGUCAGUUGUACAGACCACAAAAGAUUGCAGCUGAGAGGAAACACUGCCAACGUUUGCUCUGGGCAACUGGAAGAGGAGGAGAAUGACAAGUGGAAAAAAACCAAAAAUCAAACGAUUCCUGACUUGUGUAAGAAACUACACUGCGGUGAAACCUCUCAACAGAAUGCCGCAAACGACAAUGUGCAUUGCCCAGACAAAGUGAAAGUCCUUCUGACAGAUGACAGUGACAGAGAAACCAAGUGUUAUGGUUACGUCAAAAUACAAAAGACUCAAAAGAAUGAUGAAAAAAGUCAUGUUUGUGGUGAUGACUGGACUGAGAAAGAAUCUGAAAUGGUCUGCAAAGAACUGAAUUGUGGGAAGGUGAUUAAGAAGGAGUUGAAAAACAUAAACGGAAAAUAUGGGAUAAUGAACCAUGUGAAGUGCACAGGCAGUGAGUCCUCCCUGUGGUACUGCAGAGCCGAACAUCGCAGUCAAAAGUGCACAUCUGCUCCCUAUGUUGUCUGUCAAGGUAGUCGAGAAGUCAGACUGCAGGAUGGCCCUGGAAAGUGUGCUGGUAGAUUGGAAGUUAAGGAUGAAGGCCAGUGGAAAAGGGUCAGUAAGGAAAACUGGGAAGGCAGUUAUACAAAACGCGCCUGCAAGCAGUUGGACUGUGGGGAUGAUGGAAAAGACAAAUCUGAUUCUGAUGAAUUCAGCCAGGGCACUGGUGAAAUGCUGACCUUCAGGUGUCAACAGAGUGACAAAAACCUGGCUGACUGUACAGCCACUAACACCAACAAUCAAAAUAGGAAUGAGAAAGCAGUGCAGCUAAUUUGCAAUGAAAACAAGUUGCUAUUUCUGGAUGGACCCCAAUCAUGUUCUGGCGAUGUGGCGAUCGAGUACAAAGAAGAACUCUAUUGGCUCUCAGGGUCAAACGAAAGAUGGAAUAAAGAGUUAGCCGACAAAGUGUGCCAGCAGAUGCACUGUGGGAACGCGACAAGACACAAUCAGAGCUCUCCUGGAGUCAAAAAUCGCAUGUGGAACGAAUCAUUUAGCUGCUCAUCUGAUCAGAAGUCAAUCUUUGACUGCAACAAAACACAAAUUAACUCAAGUAAUUCAACUAUUGCUCAUGUGGAAUGUGAAGGAAAUAUUACAGUGACUUUGACGGACACAUGCUGGGGAAUGGUCAACAUUUCUACAGGAAAUGAGACCGGUUAUGUAAGUGGAGAGCACUGGUCAGAUACGCUGUCCAAGGAGCUGUGUAAAGAACUCGGCUGUGGGACUGAGAUUCUAAAACCCAUAAAAAAGCCUGGUACAAGCGAUGGAAUUAAGUUCAAAAGUCUGUUUAAAAUGAAGAAUAGCACCAAUAUGAGGCAGUAUAGCAUUGUUAAAAUGGAUAUGAAUCCAGAAUCCACAAGGAAUCCAGAUUCCAGGAAACCUGCCUAUGUUGUUUGUAAAGGCAGCAUUAAGCCAAGAUUUAAUGAUAAGGAUAAUCAGCGUCACAAAUGUUCUGGAAACGUUGAGGUGUCUUACGAAGGCCAAUGGUUACCAGUGAGCAAAAAGACUCUCGACAACAAGGAAACUCAAAACACCAUCUGUACGGAGCUGCAAUGCGGCAACGGUCUGAGCUCAAAGCCCUACUUUGGGCCUAAUCCAACAGAAAAUCAUGUCAUCAUAAUACAGGAAUGUUCACAAAAGACAAUAGCUGAAUGUAAAGUUGAAACGGCCGAGUUGUCUGGAAGCAACAGCCAGACUUCAGACCUUGGAGGCCUCCACUGCUCCAACUGGAAGACUUUGGCACUGGAGGACUUUGGCCCUUCACAGACGUCCUCUGAGAACAUCUGUAAGGGAGACCUGGUUGUUUACUCCAACAAGGAAUCUGAGCCCAAAAGAAAUUUUGUCUCCAGUCAAGAGUUUUCAAAAGACGUGGGGGAGAAGCUUUGUGAAGCUAUGAAGUGCGGGAACUACACAAACUACAAAAACUCAACUGAACUCCUCAAGGCUGACAAUUGGUAUGAAGGAAUUUUUAAGUGCAAAAAUUCUACCAAUAUCUGGGAUUGUGAAACACAGAAACAGCAACGAGAUCAGAAUGAAACAGCAAAACUCUUCAUUGAAUGCGAUGGUGAACCAACUGUUAAGCUUUCAGCAAAUGGAGAGCUGUCAAUAAAUAAUGUUUCAGUCUGCAACAGUCACUGGAAAGAGGAAUAUUCACACAUGGUUUGCCAACAGCUGGGAAGAGGCAAUGCCAUUCCUAAUCUGAGCAAAAACCAACGUAAAACUCUUACAGUUUCCUAUCAUGUCCACUGUGAGAACCACAAUUACCUCAUUGGUCAGUGCCGACGAACCGAAGGGAAGUGCAACGAAGGGCCUGUAUUUAUCUACUGCAGCCGUGACGUGGAGUUUAACACAACAGACAGUUGUGGUGGUGUGCUACGUAUCAAAUAUCAGAAAACCCCAGACAAAUAUGUGGAAGUGUGCCCAGCCAACUUUACAAGAGAGUUAUCAGAUAAAUUGUGCAACAAAUUAAAUUGUGGAAUUUUUGAUUCAAACAAGAAAAAAGACAUUCCGCAGACCAAAGUGGAAAAAAGUUUCGACUGUGGCAGUUCCUACAAAGACCCGCACUACUGUGUCUUAAAGGAGACCUGUCAAAAUCCUACUUCUUUUUUCUGUAAAGGUUACCAGGAGCCACCAACACAACCUCCCCCAACAGAACCAACAGAUCCAGUUCCUAUUAUUGUUGGAGUGCUAAUUGUUCUUAUCCUGGUGUCAUUGAUUGUGGUAUUUGUGCGAUACCGCAUUAAGAGGAAGAACAGGAAAUCCAUGAUGCCAUCAGCAGAUAUGGAAGAAGCAGACUGGGAUAGUGGAGAGUAUGAAGACGUCGACAAAUCAGAUGAAAUGGGAAGCUUCAAUCGUGGCAGAUUCAGAUCCGACUCAGAUGUGGAGAAGGAGAGAGAUGUGGAGAGCAACAGGUCCUACAACUAUGACGACGUGGAUGAGGUGACCGAGGCUCAGCCUCUCACACCUCAGGGCUCCGUGGUCCGAGCUGCUAAAGACCAAGACCUGCAAGACGGGGUUGAUAAGCCAAGUGAUGACGGUGUGACCUACGAAGUGGAAGACUCACAGGAAAACUACGACGACAUCGAUGCCAGCCCUGAGAACGCCAAAACCACGGCUGAAGUCCAUGACGGACCCAAGCCUGCACCCGAUGACGAUGAAGAGGGACCUAAAGACCAGUUCCAGAAAAAUGAAGACUUUUUUCAGGACGGGUGAGCCUGAACUGGGUGAAAAUUCAAAU